AAGCGCGGGUGUGAAGAAGGGAAGACGAUGUGAAGGAAGGAGUUUCACCCUCAGCCUGACUGGAGGGGCGGUGAGCACAGAGCCCGGCUGCCCCAGUGCCUACGCUGUACUCGGGAGAGGACGCCCCAUCACCAGGGACAGCCGCAGUCACUUUACACUCACAUUCCCCUGUGUGUUGCCGGGACCCUGACACUUGUUUCUUCCUGAUCCCUUCGGCGACUUCCUGGAAGGAUGAUGGAGCAGCAUGCAUAUCCUUCCUACAGCAGUCGGAGCCCAGUGUGGGAGGAGAUGGAGUGUGACAAGAUGUCCGGGACCGCUAUCAUGAGGGAUCCCCAGUCUGGGGCAACUUCAGCGGCAGCGGCGGGAGACGAGUCCUCUGACAGCGAGGGAGAGCAUGAGGGAGCCCAGAAACUCAUCCGCAAAGUGUCCACGUCCGGCCAGAUCCGCAGCAAGACAAGUAUCAAAGAAGGAUUAUUACUGAAGCAAACCAGUUCAUUUCAAAGAUGGAAAAAGCGCUAUUUUAAGCUCCGGGGCAGAACCCUUUACUAUGCCAAGGAUUCAAAGUCUCUAAUAUUUGAUGAGGUUGACCUGUCCGAUGCCAGUGUAGCAGAGUCAAGUACCAAAAAUGUCAACAACAGCUUCACGAUAAUCACUCCUUUUAGAAGGCUCAUAUUGUGUGCAGAAAACAGGAAAGAAAUGGAAGAUUGGAUCAGCUCAUUAAAGUCUGUGCAAUCCAGAGAGCAUUAUGAGACCGCACAGUUUAAUGUGGAACAUUUCUCAGGAAUGCAUAACUGGUACGCCUGCUCCCAUGCCCGACCUACCUUCUGCAAUGUGUGCCGAGAAAGCCUUUCUGGGGUCACCUCCCAUGGACUGUCUUGUGAAGUUUGUAAAUUUAAAGCUCAUAAGAGGUGUGCUGUGAGAGCUACUAACAACUGUAAGUGGACAACGUUAGCUUCCAUAGGCAAAGAUAUCAUCGAAGAUGAGGAUGGUAUAGCAAUGCCUCAUCAGUGGCUAGAGGGCAACUUGCCGGUUAGUGCCAAAUGUGCUGUUUGUGACAAAACAUGUGGCAGUGUAUUACGCCUGCAGGAUUGGCGGUGUCUAUGGUGUAAAGCAAUGGUACAUACUGCUUGCAAGGACCAAUACCCUCGAAAGUGUCCACUUGGCCAAUGUAAAGUAUCUAUUAUACCUCCAACAGCACUCAACAGUAUAGAUUCUGAUGGGUUCUGGAAAGCCACAUGCCCUCCCUCGUGUGCCAGUCCGCUACUUGUCUUUGUAAAUUCAAAAAGUGGAGACAAUCAGGGUGUUAAAUUCCUUCGGCGUUUCAAACAGUUGCUGAACCCUGCUCAGGUGUUUGACUUGAUGAAUGGAGGUCCUCAUUUAGGUUUACGAUUAUUUCAGAAAUUUGAUAAUUUUCGAAUUCUUGUUUGUGGAGGCGAUGGAAGUGUUGGUUGGGUUUUGUCUGAGAUAGAUAAGCUUAGCUUGCAUAAACAGUGUCAACUAGGAGUGCUCCCCCUGGGUACGGGAAAUGACCUGGCACGGGUACUUGGUUGGGGUGGCUCUUGUGACGACGAUACACAGCUGCCUCAGAUUUUGGAAAAGUUAGAACGAGCAAGCACUAAAAUGCUGGAUAGGUGGAGUAUAAUGUCCUAUGAGCUGAAGUUACCACCAAAGGCCUCUAUCCUUCCUAUAUCUCCAGAAGAGGAAUCUGAAGAUUGCCAAUUUCAGAUAUCUGCAUAUGAAGACUCGGUGGCCACUCACCUGGCGAAGAUCCUAAAUUCAGAUAGGCAUUCUGUAGUCAUAUCCUCUGCAAAGGUCUUGUGCGAGACUGUAAAAGAUUUUGUGGCAAAAGUCGGUAAAACGUAUGAAAAACCAAUGGAGAAUGCAGAGGAGGCAGAGACUAUGGCAUUAAAAUGUUCUACACUGAAUGAAAAGUUGGAUCUACUGCUGCAGACUCUUCAUGCAGAAGCUCAGGCGGCUCCAUUGCUGGCACACUUAACACCGCCUAUUGUGGAGGAAGAGGUGGAGGAGGAAUUCUCCAGUGAAGACUCCCUAUCAGAGAGCAAGGAGCACGUACCAGACAGUGUCACAAUGUCUUCCACAGCAAAGCUCUUCAAACCACGGGAACAACUUAUGCUGAGAGCUAACAGCUUAAAGAAAGCAGUCAGGCAGAUCAUAGAACAAGCUGAGAAAGUGGUGGAUGAGCAAAACGCCCACACUGACGAACAAGAGAACCAGUCUGUAGAAGAGUACAGGAAAGAGUUAGAAGAGUUUAAAGAAGAGGAAAAAGAUGAAGAUACCAAGGAAUUAGAUUCCUUAUCAGUGAGAGCAGCUCCACGUUCUCCAGAUAGGAGGGCAAGUCGCAGUGCUCAUUCCCACACAGGAUCAUUCUCCAACCCACCAUUGUCAUCUAGCAAGGAGAAUCUCCCUGUGCUAAACACAAGAAUAAUCUGCCCAGGUUUGAGAGCUGGAUUGGCGGCAUCCAUCGCUGGCAGCUCCAUCAUCAAUAAAAUGUUAUUGGCAAAUAUAGAUACAGUUGGUGCUUCUCCUUUUAUUGAUCCUGAUUCAGACUCUUUAGAGGGCUAUUCAGAGAAAUGUGUGAUGAACAACUACUUUGGGAUUGGUUUAGAUGCAAAAAUUUCUCUAGAAUUUAACAACAAGCGUGAGGAACACCCUGAGAAAUGCAGAAGCCGGACUAAAAAUAUGAUGUGGUAUGGAGUGCUCGGCACCAAAGAGUUGCUGCAAAGAACGUACAAGAAUUUGGAACAGAAGGUUCAGCUGGAGUGUGAUGGACAGUACAUCCCGCUUCCUAGCCUCCAGGGUAUAGCAGUGUUGAACAUUCCUAGCUAUGCCGGUGGUACCAACUUCUGGGGUGGAACAAAAGAGGAUGAUAUAUUUGGUGCUCCCUCAUUUGAUGAUAAGAUCUUGGAGGUGGUUGCAGUGUUUGGGAGCAUGCAGAUGGCCGUCUCACGGGUGAUCAAGCUUCAGCAUCACAGAAUAGCUCAGUGUCGGUCGGUGAAGAUAACCAUACUAGGGGAGGAAGGUGUUCCUGUACAAGUCGAUGGAGAAGCUUGGAUUCAACCUCCUGGUGUGAUUAAAAUUGUUCACAAAAACAGAGCUCAGAUGUUAACCAGAGACAGAGUAAGUUCAAUUAAGGCUUUCGAAAACACUUUGAAGUCCUGGGAGGACAAGCAGAAGUAUGAUUCCUGUAAGCCUGCCCUUCGUCCUCUCCUGUACUCUAUGCAAGCUGUCGACUUGGCUUCAGAAGAAGAGGUUGCACUGAUUCAUCUCUGCUCGCAAGCUGCAGAAGAACUCAUCACAAGAAUUUGUGAAGCUGCAAAAAUACACAGUUUGCUGGAGCAAGAGCUGGCCCAUGCGGUGAACGCCUGCUCUCAUGCACUAAAUAAAGCCAAUCCCAGGUUUCCAGAGAACCUCACUAGGAACACUGCCAUAGAGGUAGCAGUGAAUGUUAAGGCACUGCACAACGAAACAGAGUCUCUCUUGGUUGGGAGAGUCCCACUGCAGCUGGAAGCCCAUCACGAAGAGCUUUUGUCCAAUGCACUACAUGAUGUGGAAGUGGAGUUAACAAAGCUUGUGGAGAUUCACUGGCUUUAUUAUGUUUUACAGCCAGAUGAGGAAGAGGAUGUUCCUCUGGAAUACACCAAAAGAAACAGUAGAAGCACAGUGUUCCGUAUAGUGCCAAAGUUUAAAAAGGAGAAGGUUCAAAAGCAUAAAACCAGCCCUCAACCUGUUCAAAAAUGGGGCACAGAUGAAGUUGCAGCUUGGCUGGAUCUGCUGAGUAUGGGAGAGUACAAAGAAAUCUUCGUCCGUCAUGACAUCCGAGGCUCAGAGCUAGUACAUCUGGAAAGGCGAGAUCUGAAGGAUCUGGGGAUAAUGAAAGUGGGUCAUAUGAAGCGAAUUCUACAGGGAAUUAAGGAACUCGGCAGAAAUACAUCUUUAUCUGAGGCAUGAAGGUUCUGGUGGCGUCUCUGCACGGAGCGAGACUUGGACAGUGGGCACAGUUGUUUAGUGGUGGCACUGUGCUGUUUUAGUUUACUGUAUGAAUGAGUAGGCCGUUUUAUAUACAGUUGGAGGAGGAGUAAAGUCUGAGUUAUUGUAAGUUUGGUAUUUGGGAUGAAGUUUGGUGCCAAAAGUAGCAAAACUGUUAUGGAAACAUUGGAUCUGCACAACUUGAAACAUAUAGUUUACCUGUUCAGAAAAGACUGCGCUGGUUAAGCAGAUAUGACCUCUGGUUGAGAUGGCACAAUAAGAAAAGUGUCAUCUACUGUAGUUAGUGUGACAACAUAUCCUUUUAUGGCAAAAAGUUACCUAGCUAGCUUGCAUGAGGCACAGACUUCCACAUAACAGGAAAGGCCAAAAUACAGUUGAGCCAAGCCUGAAUAGGUAGUCUUGGUUCUCACUGCCUUAGGUACCACUCGUUCACUGGCCAAGGAGUAUGACUGAAAAACACUUUGUAUGAAGUGAAUGCAAUCUAAAAUGCAUGGAGUGCCUGUUGAAAUUGUGUUUCAGGUGCAUGACGUUUCUGAUACGAAAAAGAAAAAAAAGAAACUUGAACAACUUUUAUAUUUUAAUAAGGUUUAAUUUAUUACUACUGACGUGUCUGUUGGUUCAAGGCACUUUUCUAUUUGUUGUUGUAUAUUUUUGCAUGAUUGUGUUCAGUGGCAGGGGAUUUGUGGAUGUGAACAUGUAGCCUAUGUGCCAUGUAUCUCCAGAAAUUAUGUAUGUUCAACAUAUUUAUUAUAGCUAGUCAAUAUUGUUUAGUAAUUAAUAUGGAGAAAAAUAGCUUAUCAAAAAUGACAUUUUGCAAGAAUGGGUACCUCACAAAAUUAAUUUAUCUUGGAAUUCCAUGGGGAUUAUUGGUUUUUCCAAUGCCUUAUCUCAUUUUAGAUAUACAUUUCAGAUAUUGGGGAACUUUAUCCUAGAGUCACAAACCUCAGAGUAGCAAUAGAAUAGGACGCCAGUCUUAUAGCUAGCAGCUGUAUGGUAGCAUAUACCCGUCCCUCGGCAAGGCCACGUCACUGGUGCUACGGCCGUCCAUUGUGUGCUCUGUAUGGAUUCUGCCUGCACUGGUUUCUUUAGGCUAUUGCCUAAAAUCCAUGUACUUCUUUUUUUGUUUUUUAUCAAUACAGGUUGAGUAUCCCAUAUCCAAAUAUUCCGAAAUAUGGAAUAUUCCGAAAUACGGACUUUUUUGAGUGAGACUGAGAUAUUGAAACCUUUGUUUUUUGAUGGCUCAAUGUACACAAACUUUGUUUAAUACACAAAGUUUUAAAAAAUAUUGUAUUAAAUUACCUUUAGGCUGUGUGUAUAAGGUGUAUAUGAAACAUAAAUGAAUUGUGUGAAUGUACACACUGUGUUUAAUGCACAAAGUUAUAAAAAAUAUUGGCUAAAAUUACCUUCAGGCUGUGUGUAUAAUAAGUUGUAUAUGAAACAUAAAUGCAUUCUGUGCUUAGAUUUAGGUCCCAUCGCCAUGAUCACUCAUUAUGGUAUGCAAUUAUUCCAAAAUACGGAAAAAUCCGAUAUCCAAAAUACCUCUGGUCCCAAGCAUUUUGGAUAAGGGAUACUCAACCUGUAUAUCAUUCUAGUUUGACAAUUUACAUACAUAGUCAAAGUUUGACUUGUAUAAUGUGUAAUCAUUAUUCAGUUCCACUUAGGUGCAGUUAUAUAUUGCUCCCUUAUACAAAAUACUUGACAAUCUUUUUAACACCUCAAUACUCUAUACUUUUACUGAUACCCUCACCCUUCAAACUGCAUUUGUACCGGUUCUGACUUAAACUGGACAUACACUAUACAAUGAUCUGGCAGAUAAUCUGUAGUUGAAAUGAGAGCAAUUGAGAGCAAUUAAUAGAUGAGAGCAAUUGACAAUCGAUCAUUUGCUCCAAAACACUGGAGAAUGGACAAAACCUGUCGUUUAUACAAAUUGGUUAAAUCACGGACAGCUUUUGUCCAUUUUCCAGUGUUUGGGAGCAAAUGGUCGAUUGUCAGUUGCUCUCAUCUAUUACCAGGUUUUCAAUCCAACCACAGAUUAUCUGGCAGAUAAUUGUACAGUAUAGGAGGGUGCACACUAGAAGGAUAUCUGGACAAUUUGCUGUAUUGGAACAACAAAUUGUCUACAUUGUCUAGUGUGUACACACAACUGCGUACUCCUUCACAGAGGUUUGUGAUUUUAACGUAGAUGGUGUUUGGAAGUUACCAGAUCACAGAACUGUUUGUGACAACUGCAAGUGCACCUGUCAUGCAAACAAGGCUCACCUAACAAUUGCCUGAUAUCUUGUGUCUGCGGAAAAGAUAAUAAUGUGAAAGGUGCAUCAGAUAUGUUUGUAGAUGCGGCUAGAUUAGAGUCAUUAUCAUUCUGGUGUGUUGUACCAUCUUCCACGUGCACUAUCGGGCCCUGGUGCAUUCCCUGUGUGUAUAACAAACUGAUCUCUUGGCUGAGUGGCAGGAUCGCACAGUGUGUGUUCAGCAUUACACUGAAUUGAUGCAGACGGUUUCUGGGGGGGGUUUCAGUAUGGACUGCAGCUUAUUAAAUCACUAAUUGAUGUGCUGCUGUAAAUGUAUUAGUGAUGUCAUCAGUAACUAUGGAGUUAUUUAGCUGCAUUCUUAAGACUGUUGUUCUAGUCCACAAAAUGGCUGCAUCCAUUAUGUGUGGGCGACAGGUGCACUUAAGUAAAUGCUAUGAUAGAGGCACUGGGAGCAUAUAUGUGACAGGAAACCAACCUAUUCAAAUUAGUAAUCCUUUGUAUUAUCUAUUAUUUUAUCAAUGGAUAUGGAUUAAAAAACAUUAGUAAGUAUGGGUAAUAUUGCAAAAUGCAAUACUUUAUGUAUUGUGGAUGCACAUUAGGACACCUGAAAGUCAUUUGGUGCCUGAUGCUUGCCUAGUAACCAAAGCAAUGUCACAGUAUUUACAGUACAGUGUAUAAAUUCCUGAUAUUGUGUUGUCCCACCCCAGGUAUUAACAGUCCUAAAAGAAGUGUUUUCGUUUGGAAAUCCUGGCAGCCAAUAAUUCCUUUCUCUUGCUCCAUUUUCAUACAUUUUGCUUAUUUGAAAUAUAUAUAAUUUAAAAAAAAAAAAAACCCUUCUGCAUAUUGUCUGAGAAACACUGCAUAUGUUUGCAAUCAAAUUGUGUUUUCUACAUAUUGUCCCCUGAAAAAUGUAUGAAUUUGCAUAUUAAAAUAUGUCCGAUUUCUGGAAAGCAGGAAAAUCUUUGAUGUGCAAUAUUUAUAUGUUAACCAGAAAAAGGAAAAGCAUAUUAUGUUUUUGUGGGGUAACUGAUUACACAAAGCCUAUACGUAAGGGUUUACCAGUGCACUACUUUAAUACUGUAUCUGUUUGAAAUAUAUCACUGUUAUGCAGUUGAGCUGCAUAUUUGUAUAUUAUGUUUCAGCACUGUAUAAACAUAUAUACAAUUUUAUGAAA